AUGCAAGCCCCGAUUCCCGCCACUGAGGAGUCCGUCGUAUCCACGGACAUGGAUAUUGAAAUUGUGAGAGAAAAACGGCACCUGGAAGUCACCCACUCGUAUGCCUGUAACUCCAAAAACAACGGUGAAUGUGACUCUGGUCCAGAAACACUGACUAAAACCGGCACCUCGAAGAAGAAAGCAAAGGUGAACAUGGAAAACGAGCCGCAGUUGUCACUACUUGAAGUGCAGGAGAACAUAAUUCGUGUUCUUACUUUGAAGACAGACGAAAUCAACAACCACAUGAACGACAUCAAGAAACUUGUGAACAAAAACACUAUGGAGAUUGAAGGCUUAAAAAAGUCUGCUGACUACUGCUUUCUGGAAGUUGCUGACCUGAAAACAGAAAAUACCGCUCUCAAGAGUAGAUGCCAAGCUCUGGAGGGUAAAAUGCAAGAAAUGGAGAAGAAAGUCAACGAGAUGGAUGCUUACAGCAGAAGGAUGAAUUUGAAAAUGUAUGGCAUUUCUGAAAGUCAGGGGAAGAUAUUCGCUCUAAAGUCGCGAACAUUUUAUCUGCUGUACUGCCAGACAAAAGCAAAGUGGAGGCUGCAGUGGAUGUUGUUCAUCGUCUUGGGCGACACAGUGACGUGA